CUGAGUGACACAGGGUGGGAUUUUGGAUACACCGCGCGUCUGGAUGUAACGACAAGGACGUUUACAAUAAUCCCGUAUAGGUGUAUUCGUAAAUAAAAAUAAGCUUCAAAUAUAAUAUCCGAUAUUUGCAUAUAGAAAUGGCAAGUGUAAGACUGGCGGUUGGCGCUCCGAAUACAGAAGAGAGGGCGGUUUUCACGCAGCUUAAACCCGUGCGGAUGUGUAGCGCGGAUGGGCCGGAGGACUCGUCUGUGUUUGAGGACGUCAAACCCGCGGUGAGACUAGUAACAAACGCUGUCGAAAUGGUUCAGACACGGAUGGAGAUGGAUAAAUAUUUGCCCCAAAUCACCCCACUGGUUUCCCCAAACAUUACGGAUAAGAAGUUCCGUCGGGAAAGCGCCUCGGUGGUGGAUGAGUAUUUUGCAGAUGAGAAGCCAGCCCCUUACAGUCUCAACAUCAACGUUAUCCUGCCCAAUACCACACACCUUCGCACGGGCCUUUAUCGUCCAAACAAACCUCAGGUGCAUCAGAUCAAAACUGAGCCAGGGGUGGACUUACCCUGUAGCAUUCAGACACUCCCCGAAUUCACCUCCGUCUUCAGCGUGCCCCAGACGGUCAACAGCCUCUUUAUCAAACCUGACAUAAACGUCACAGACGAGCUCCACAUCGGCCCUCAGCAGCCGGCGGUCUACCAGAUGCCCAUCAGCAGUAGCGACCUUACCACAAUGACCUUCUCCCAGAGUCAAUCGAUGAACGGAAUCGGUGCAUCUGGCAGGACCAUGCUCAACCUGAACACAGUGGCCUUGACGACGCAAUCUGGCGAAUUUGUCAUGCCCGAGCCGUACUACACUUCACCCCAGCCGCACAGUUUGCCUCCGUCGCCCCCCAACUCCCAGCCCAGCAGUCCCGAGAACCAGGCAGAGCUCAUUACCUCUGUUCCCCCUCCCCCGCCGUACCAGGCUAGAAUUGGAAUGAAGGUUGGACAGAUGACCCCUCACUCCAUGCUAAUGGCCCACGGUCAGGGCGUCCUCACGGGACCCAGAUACAACCGACGGAACAACCCUGAGCUGGAGAAGAGAAGGAUUCAUCAUUGUAUCUUCCCAGGAUGCACCAAAGUUUACACAAAGAGCUCUCACUUGAAAGCACACCAAAGGACUCACACUGGUGAGAAGCCAUACCAGUGCAGUUGGGAAGGAUGUGACUGGCGUUUUGCCCGCUCGGACGAACUGACGCGGCAUUACCGCAAACACACCGGCGCAAAACCAUUCAAAUGUGUCGCCUGCAGUCGCUGCUUCUCUCGUUCAGACCACCUGGCACUGCACAUGAAGCGCCAUCAAAACUAACAAACUUCACAUCCUUACUUUUUCAACUUUUAUAACAGUUGUUCUAAAUAUUUCACAGUCAGUUAUGUACGAAGAUCAAACCAACGAAAGCUCUGCCGUACCAGCACUCCAAACGUUUAUACUGUCAUGAAGAGGACUGGACAUCACAACAAAGAGCUCCAGCAGAAUGUAUACUACUGUACAUAUGUUUUGUAUGUGUGUAUGUCUGUAGAUUAAUGUGAAAAGUUUUAUACUUGACCUCCAUCCACUUUGUCUGACUAAAUUUGAAAAUGUUCCUUUGGGACCGUCUUCCUAAUAACUUGAAAUGUAAUGUUUGAUUUAUUAAUUCCAAGGUAAUAGUUAAUUGUUAAUUUUGGAUGACAAUAACACAAUAUUUACAUGGGAUUUCCCCCUCACUGCUGUUUGAAAAAGCUGUUUGCUUUUGGGUAAGAUGCUAUGAUAAAAAAAAAAAAAAGUAGUAAAUCUAAUGUUUGCUGUUCUCACAGUUGUGCAUCCAUGGGUACAGAUCUUUAUGAGACUGUUUU